AUGGUUAUGUUUAUGAACGAGCUGCUAUUUAUUAUUCGAUGGAUUCAACAAAAAGGAACGAGUCCUUUAACACGUGAACCAUUGAAUAUCGCUGAUCUUCGUUCAGAAUAUUUUGCCAAACAACAAUGUCAACUUUAUCAAUCUAAUGCUGUGAGAUAUGCAUGUCAAAACAACACAGCACCAAUAGGAUCCUCACCAAUGACUCAAUUUGAAAUACAUACUAACCAACAAAAGUCUUGUAAGCAAUACUGUAAUAUCAAACGUAUACUACUGACAAUUAUGACUAUCAGUCUUAUUACUAUUCCUUUAAUAAUUGCAACAAUACUCAUUUUAUUUCUCGUUCAAUCGAAUUUGAUAUCUGAAAUCUUAGAUUCAGCACAUACAUAUAAUGGUCAACAUUCUUUUUGUGGUGGUGCUGUAAAUUUACCUAAUUAUCUUAAUCAAAUACUUGAUACGAAAGUUGGACAACCCUAUCGUAUAACAUUUUGGUUAAGAAACCUCGGUGAUACACCAAAUAGUACUCCAGUCGUCAUAAGCUAUUAA